CCAGUGGAUGUCAGUGCCUCUGCAUGGAUUUCUUCUCUCCUUCCCAGUGUCUGUGAGAACAGCAGCAUGUACUCUGAUGAUAGGUGACAAUGAUCUGCCACCAGCACAAUCCCCACGUACACUCAUCACAGGAGGAAUAAGGGGACUCCUUGUGUUGCUGCUGCUUGCAAUGAGCUGGGAUUGACUUCAAGCAGCUGUGGAGCUGCUGCUACGAAGAGCUGAAUUUCUCCUCCUGCUUUUAUUAUUUGCAUUGCCAGUCUCGGCAGACAGAGCCAUGAAUCCGGACUUCAGGAGCUGGGUACUCGCCACUGUCACCUUGUUAGUGGUGUUCCUCAUCUUGGCGGAUAUAUCUGAGCUGGAAGAGGAGAUGGGGGGCUCUGGAGGGAGAGGCACAAUCAGAUCAGCUGUGGAAAGCUUACAUAGCAAAUCUAAUAGAGUUGACUUAGCAAUAAAUAACUCGUCAGAUCCACCUGGUACAGACAGAAGCAAUGAGAGCAUCAAAUCCAAUAUAAAACCAGCAACAAUCAAAUGGAGACACAAUCAAACCCUUUCACUGAAAAUCAGGAAACAAAUUUUGCAUUUCUUGGAUGCUGAGAGAGACAUCUCAGUUUUGAAAGGAACUUUGAAGCCGGGUGAUAUAAUUCAUUACAUAUUUGAUCGAGACAGUACUAUGAAUAUAUCCAAGAACUUAUAUGAGCUUUUACCUAGAACAUCCCCUAUGAAAAACAAGCACUUUAAGACCUGCGCCAUUGUGGGAAAUUCUGGAAUUUUACUCAACAGUGGUUGCGGAAAAGAGAUUGACUCGCACGACUUUGUCAUAAGAUGUAAUUUGGCACCUGUAGAGGAGUAUGCCCGAGAUGUUGGCAUGAAGACGCACCUGGUAACCAUGAACCCUUCAGUUGUCCAACGUGCCUUUGAGGACCUAGUGAAUGACACCUGGAAAGAUAAAUUUCUACAGCGCUUGAAAAGUUUGAAUGAAAGUAUCCUGUGGAUUCCAGCAUUUAUGGCUAAAGGAGGAGAGGAGCGUGUGGAGUGGGUGAAUGACCUUAUUAUCAAACACCACAUUAAUGUGCACACAGCCUACCCUUCACUACGUCUACUCCAUGCUGUCAGAGGGUAUUGGCUGACCAAUAAGGUGCACAUAAAGAGACCUACAACUGGGAUCCUAAUGUACACCUUAGCUACACGUUUCUGCAACAGAAUCUACCUGUAUGGUUUCUGGCCUUUCUCCCGAGAUCUCUACCAGAACCCUGUAAAAUAUCACUACUACGACAGCCUAAAAUACGGCUACACCUCACAAGCGGGACCACACGCAAUGCCGCUGGAAUUUAAAGCUUUGAAAAAUCUGCAUCUGCAGGGGGCUUUGAAACUUACAGUGGCCAAAUGUGAAUCAGCGACAUAGCAUCAUAUUCAGUGAUGUCUUCUUACUACAAUAAGCAGUGGGACCACGGUGGGAGGAUGUUGGGGACAAUUGUCCAGCAACAAUUGAGUUUUAUAAGUAUUGCUGGCCUGAAGAGCAGACCCAGGCUAAGAUAUCAUGAAGCUAAAUGGUGAUGAUGCACUGGAGUGUAUAGGAUACUUAAAAUGCUUGUAGCGAUGGAUCUAUGUUUCACCAGAUGCCCAAGCACAUACUACUGUGCCGAGAUUAUCCUUCUUGCUGUAAAGUAGUACUAGCAACACAACAACUCAAACCAUGGCGUAUAUGAGUGUGAAUCUGGUGCUAUACAUGAACAAUGUAAAUAACAUGAUUGUCUGUAAUCUUGGCUUACUACUCCCUCCAACAGUCUAAGAAAAGCUUACAUAGCUUCGUACUAUGAUGACCUUUCUUUUUUUUCACAGACGAUUACAGUAGGCAGUGGCUUUACAGAAACUGUAAAUAAAACAGCAUUAGGGUUCACUUAGACAAAUUACUGUAGUAGUCGGAACCAAGUUGCAGCAAGAAAUAGCUACACGUAAGCCUCAUGUGUUUCUAGUACUACUGACUUGUGCCUAGAAUUACAACUGUUUUAACUGUUGAUUUGUAUCAAAGAAGAUAAUCAGAUGUGCAACUGUGUAUUUCCGUUUGGAAUAGGAAUUAUACCGGCUCAAUGUGAUGUGUAAGUUAUAUUGGUGUGUAAAAGAAAAAGGAUAAUGUUUACCAGUCAGGAAAUAGUACAUUGUCCAGUGAGAAACUGUCACACUUUAGAUGAUAUUGGUUAAGGCAUUAGUCCUGAAAGAUCUGGCAGCAGUUUAGAGUCACUCAUGAAGAGCUGAUUGUAAGUGUGGCUGAUGACUGUGCUGACCCAAGUGUUCUGUUUGUGGCUCAAGUGUAACCAAAUAACGCCAGUUUUAGAUAAUGUCAUAUCACUGACUUUGUAAAGAUCUCUAACAGAUUCUGGUUCUGUUCAUGUGAAAAUGUUGGCUGGCUAUGGCCAGUUGUAUCCAUGGUCUGGUUGACUCUCUUAUUUUAUUUUGCAGAUGGGUAGCAAGCAGUGUUUUGUAAUAUGUGUGAUUAAAGGUUAUUUGUGGUCACUGUUGUUAAUAUUUCUAGAAAAAAAAAUAGACUGAGGCACUGGCAUCAUAUCUUCUACAGAACCUCCUGAGCACAAGAGGCAGCACCUGGAAUGGAAGAGAAGAUUAAAAAUUAUUGUGCGAAUAGAACUUUCCCACUUUGCAAUGUAUCAGCAACAUAAUGCUUUGUCUCAGGAUUCCAUCUGUUAUCCGUUCUUACAUUACCUGAGUUUUGGGGAUACAAGUCUUACUUAGUGGGACUGAAUCUACUCGGAUGGACAGCAAAGUCCAUCUCCCGCUCCAUCACACUAUGAAAAGUGGCAGGAAAAGUACUCUUGUGUUAAUAUAAAGUAUUGCCGGAAGGCCAAGGACUGCAGAGGAAUGAUGGCAGUGAGAUUUAUCAUGGUCCUCGUUUUCAUUUUGCAUAAGUGACAGAUUUUGUCAAACUUGGACAAUUUCAGUAAAUAAAUUUUAAAGAUGGAAAAUAA